AAGCAAGCAGCUUGCAUAACCCCCAUUUAUAGUUACACAAUAAAAGAGAGCAGUAAACACUAUAAGUUUUGGAGUGGCAAAACUGGACGUCUUUGUCCUGUUGCCGUCCUGCACGCAGAAGCGCUGAGCGUGCACUGAGUCGCGUGUGGGCUUUGGUUUGGGUUACAGCGCAACUGAAUGCCACAGUGCUGUCGCGCGCUCAGUCGCACGAGCAUAUCUUGAGAGCUGGAGUUUUAUUCUGCUGCCUCGCGACUCAUUUUCUUUUUGUUACGUUGUCUAUGAGUCUUAAUCCAAGAAACCAUUCCAUAUCGGUUAGUGACAGUUUUGAACCAGGUCACGGAACGUUUUUUUUUCUUAUAUAGCCUACUCUGGAUGUACAUUGUGACCAACGAUGUUUCAAUGGACCUGAAUGAGAAAGGAUUAUUAUUUUCAUCGUCAAAACAAUAAAUUGCGUGUUUGAAAGAAUUUACCCACGGAUAAAAAGCGCAAUGAUUUUCGCCGCGAUUUACAUCGUUUUACCACUGUUGGAUGUGCUGUUAUCUGCCGAGGAGUCUUACUUUACUAGUUCAAGCCGGCUGGACUGUGUGAAGGCGAACGAGCUGUGUUUGAAGGAGCCGGGAUGCAGCACAAAGUAUCGAACUAUGAGGCAGUGCGUGGCGGGGAGGGAGAGCAACUUCAGUAUGGUGACUGGAGUGGAGGCGAAGGAUGAAUGCCGGCUUGCGUUGGACGCUUUAAAGCAGAGCCCUUUGUAUAAUUGCCGCUGUAAAAGAGGCAUGAAGAAAGAAAAGAACUGCCUGCGCAUCUACUGGGGGAUCUAUCAGCAUUUACAGGGGAAUGAUUUACUUGAGGAUUCUCCAUAUGAGCCUGUGAACAGCCGGCUUUCUGAUAUAUUUCGACUUGCUCCCAUCUAUUCAGAGGGAGGGACUAAUGGCGGUCCCUGGAGCGGUCCCAUCACCGUGGCCCCAAGGAGAGGGUCCCAGGGCAGGUCAAGACCACUUGAACCUCAAGACCCCAGUAGAAACAGAAGGGCUCACCCAAACUGGGCUAUUCUGGGUGAGCCAGCGCUAGCAAAGGAGAACAAUUGUCUGAAUGCAGCAAAAGCCUGCAACCUAAACGACACCUGUAAGAAAUACCGUUCGGCUUACAUAAGCCCCUGCACCAGCCGAGUCUCGACGGCUGAAGUCUGCAACAAACGGAAGUGCCACAAGGCCCUGCGGCAGUUCUUUGACAAGGUGCCACCCAAGCACAGCUAUGGUAUGCUCUUCUGCGCCUGUCCUCUAGGGGAUCAGCUGGCCUGUUCUGAGCGCAGACGCCAGACCAUCGUACCAGCCUGUUCAUAUGAGGACAAGGAGAAGCCCAACUGCCUGGCACUGCAAGCGUCCUGCAAGACCAACUACAUCUGCAGGUCUCGUCUGGCUGAUUUCUUCACUAACUGUCAACCUGAGCCCCGCUCUCUCUCUGGCUGUCUGAAGGAGAAUUAUGCUGACUGCUUGCUUUCAUACUCUGGCCUCAUUGGCACGGUGAUGACCCCAAAUUAUCUACGCUCACCCAAGAUCAGCGUGUCUCCAUUCUGUGACUGCAGCAGCAGCGGCAACAGCAAAGAGGAAUGCGACAGAUUCACAGAGUUCUUCACUGACAACGCCUGCCUGCGUAAUGCAAUCCAGGCAUUUGGAAAUGGGACGGAUGUGAGCGUUUGGCAGCCAAUGCCGCCAGUGCAAACAACCACCACUAUGACAACACCAUCCCAGAGGAACAGAGAUCGAAACAGAUCACCCAAUGCCAUAGAGCCAGGGACACACAUCAACCAUCUCAAUCCAGCUGAUAACUCCCUCUACCAGUUCUGCGGAAGCCUCCAGGCUCAGAAGCUGAAUACAAACAACACAAUAGAUGUGUUAUGUGUGGACCCACAGAUCGAUGACCCCAGCUCCUCCAACACCAUCUCCAGGAAUUCGUCCACUCGGCAGGCAUCUCUAUCAGGCCUUAGCUCUCUGCUGCUCCCGCUGGCUAUCUCCCUGCACUGCAUCUUCACCAUAGCAAUGUUGUAGCCACCUAAGAACAUAAAACACGGACAGUCACAAUUUGUACAAAGUCGAUCGCUGUUCCUGGUCAAUCUGUUGUACUCAGUACUCUCUCUCUCUCUCUUUCUCUCUCUUAGUCCCUCCCUUCCUCUCUCUUGCUGUUUUGUUUUUUAAGAGCUUUUGUUGAUGUUGUUGAUGCAACAAAACAAAGUGGUCUUGGUGUACUCAAGUUUCUGUCUCUCUUCCCUCCUGAUUUUGCGGAAGAUGAAACGUGAAAGAAAUGCGAGAGAACCCUGAAAUUAUUGCAGCAUUCCCAUGUGAUUUUGUGCCGUUUACGUGUUUGAGGGCCAGAAAUCAUAAGGACUCCUGUCACAGCAGUAGAGAUUAAUCUUAUCUGUGCACUUAACAAUACAGUGUGCACUAUCCAUUGCUCACUGGUACACAAAGACACAGCAAAAGUAAAACCAAGAUACUAUUAAAACGCUAUUAAUUUUUCAGAUGUGGCAACUGUUUAUUUCUACAAAUUGUCUUUUAUUUAACAUUAUGGUGAAAAUUAGAUUCUCACUAAUUGUGCUUCUCCGUAGUUUUUCUAUAGCAUCACUGGCCCAUCUGUAGUUCAAACAUAUCAAAAGACAUUUACAAAACAUCUAGUCACAGAAAGUGAAAAGAGGGUUUCGAGGGGAGUUUACUGGAUGACCAACAGGACAGAAGCUUUGUCAGAAAAGACAUAAGAGAUAAGACAUAAGGAGACUAUUUGAUAACUUUGCUCUGGUUUGUCAUGGUGUGUUUGCGUGUGGAUGCGUAAUGCUGUUUGUAUGUGUUUGUUUGAAGGUUGAGGAUGAGAUCAUGGGUUGACUGGAUGGGUAUGUCAAUAGAACUGGGGUUUCAUAACUCCUCUGUCACAGUUUACGGGAGAAAACAUGGACUGAGGCUAGGCGACAGCAUUGAUUCUUGUGUAAUCAGAUGAUGUGUCAAGGUUCUGUGUUACAAACUGCAUAUAUAAGUAUCUGUAAAUUGCAUCACCACUCACAAGUCUAAACCUACCGGCAUCCGCGUAUCUAUCAAGUGUAUAUUGCCUUUCUGAUGUUGCUUUGACAGGGAUUUUCAUACUUUGGCCCCAACAAAACAUGCAAUCUAGUCAUGUACGUAUUAUAUACUGUAGCCAGUUUUUUGUACUGUAUGUCUAUACAAAAGUUACUGAAAGAGUCAGUAUUGUGAUCCUGCAUCACAAUUACUUAAAACCAGUGAGAAUUAUUUCAAAAAAUAAAAAAUAAAUACCCAGAAGUCUUAUAUAUGUCAGUAUGAGGCAUGUGCAGUUUAACCACCUCAGCGGUACACGUUAAAAGAGUCUAUGACAUGCUGCUUUGGUUCAUGUGGCAUUUUAAACAAAAGAUAAUGUAUUGUUGUACUCCAUGUUAUUUACAAGACAUUUUAAGUGCUAGAUAAAAAUAAAUAAUAAUAAACACACAAACAUAUAUAUACUUCUACAUGAACUAUGUUUAUAGAGCCUGCUAUAUUUGAAUUGGGAUUUGGUUGUACAAUGUAUUAUCAUAUUGGAUAAGGAUUUAUCGCUUUUCUUAGUAACUAUAUACACAGUAUAUAUUUUUGUUUAGAUAUUACAGUACAAAUUGAAGACUUGCAUCUGUAAUUAUUGCUGUCCUUUCCUAUAUCCCAAAUGAAGGAGAUGUACAACAGCCAUUUAUUUACUAUACCACUAUGUUAUUGUUUUAUGGUAAGCCAAAAAAAAAAUCUUAUUUUUGUAUCCUUUUGCAUUAUGAGUUUAUUUAUUGUAAUGUUGUCUUUUUCUGCUGGUAAGCAGUAUGGGAACUUUAAAAGUAUGAACAUUAAAAAACCAAGCAUGAGUGAUGGAAAUGCAAUAAAGGCUAUUGGAUGCGGUUUGUUAUGGAUUCUACGCAGGCAUUUUGUGGUGGUCUGCUGCAUUUGGCUUUGGCCGCAACAUAAAGUUGCUGUGAAGAUGGGAGCAGGACAGUAAGAAUCCUACAUUGUAAAAACUAUAUUUCUCUACAUCCACAUCUUAUUGCUCCAGAGAAUUGAUAAAAAUAAGAAAAAUAAAACACAAGACUCUUCCACAAUCUGUCACAUUUCUUCUUAGCUUGUGAAAAUGUAAAAAGUAUUCUAUGAAAAUGAUUAAAAUGUUGACUCAUU